CUGAAGGGCCAAAAUGUAUUUAAAGUCAGGUAAAUUACAAGCACAAGCUACCAAUAUCAAGAAUGAGAAUAAAUGGGAAGUUGAUGACAUUUGUUAGUUUCAGAACGCUUAUGGAGAUAAUAAUUGGGGAUUUAUGUUUUUGGACUCUUCAUGGAUUAUACUGCACCUCUUAUGCUAGGGGUGGUAGGGGUGCUAUUUUGCAAAUUUGUUUUAUUUAUGGUGUUGAUAGCAGGUUUUCAAUAUUUCGGGUGCGGAGUACAAAAUACAAAUACCGCCAUAGUUAAGGGUGGUUAUCUACAAUUAACUUGUAAUAAGUUAGAUAUUGAGACUUAAAAAACCCUUUUGAUGGUAACUCCUUGAAUCUUUUCAGGGAGCUAUAUAUCAACAUACAAUUCCUGCAUUGUGGCUUAAUUGGACCAACAAAAUUCACCACAUCAAACAAAAAUCCAACUCAACUCCAAGUCAGCCGAUUCAUUGACAGAGCUUCUCACACCUCUUUCCAUUGGUAACCUUCUCACUCUGAUGACAUCAACCACCCCAUUUCCUCUGCCACCACCACCACCACUGUUGUUAACUAUUUCUCGCGCCAAUGACCCCAUGAUGAAGCUCACACCCACAAUAUUGCCAUCGCAGUUGCCACAGCCCCACACUACUCGGCCAAGACUAAACCCACAAAAUUGCCACCAUGGAUAGCAGAUUGUUUAAUUAUGAAUUUUUAACGAGAUUUAAUUGUUACUAAUUUGUAAUUCGAAUUUGGUCUUGUGUCGAUUUAAAGCUUCCCAUGUAAGCUUUCAUAUGACGCUUCCACAGGACUUUGACUACCUUGUGAGUUGUGACACUGUUUUAUUUUUAGUUAGGACUUAAGACUGCUCAAAGGGGAUUUGAUAUGUAGCUUAGUUUGAUUGGAUUUUUUCUACAUCUUCUUUCUUUGACAUUUUCGUUUUGCAUUGUCGAUGUAUGUUUGGAUUCACUUAUGUUGGUCUCAAAUGCCUUCAUAAUUUUUAAGAUUCCCUUCUGUUUUAGUCUAGUCCUCUUAAAUCAAUAUAAAUUGAAAAUAACUUUAUUCAAUGAGGUGAACCCAUUUAAUUGUGAUGAAAGGCCAGAGGGUUUAUUUUUAAUAAGUUGUUACUAUGUAUUUAUCAUACAAUUUAGGAAACGUAUAGGGUUGGAGAAAACAAAUGGCUAACAAACAUAUGAGAUAUCUUAUGAUGGUGACGAUGGAGUUCAUGAUGUUUGAAGUGUGCGCUAAUGACCUUAUGCCCCAUUAUCUCCAUCCUUUGCACUUCCCGUCGACUUUCGUUAUCCCUCUCACUUUUAUAAUCUUCAUGGCCCAUUAUACAAUUGAGUUAGAAGUGAACUUUAAGGUUGUAAAGUGGAAAAUGAGCUUGAAAGCACUGAUUAUAGGAAGUGUACUAUUACGAAUUUUGUCAAGAGAGUCUCUACAAACCGUGCUGAUAGUUAAAUUUAUCACAUUUCUAUAGAUUGCCUAAAAUCUUGCUUCAAAGAAGCGAGAGGUGCCAUAACCACCAUAUGACAGCCUGCUUACUUGAAUGUCAUGUAGAAAGAAUCAAGAACCUUUGAGAUGUCAUCUAUACGUGGAUUUGAUGAACUAUCAGGUUUGGUACAAGGAGGUCUUCUCUAACCAAUCUAGUCCCCUUAUUAGAAGAAGCAGGCCAAGCAAUGAACCCAAUAAUGUCAUUGAACAGUGGCAGCUCCUAAUUAAAAUUGCAGGGACUAGAAACCCGAGACUCAAUAGGAGUGCUUGGGCUUUUGAAGCUAAAGAUCGGCAAGGAGUUAACAAAUUUUAUGGUGUUCAUAGCAGCAACACUAGUACAAUUAAAAGAGCUGUGCAGGAGGCUCUGAUGGAAGCUGUCUUCACAGUCAAGAAUCAUGGUUUUCAACGGAUCCUUAUUUUGACCAACAGGAAGGACCUAAUUCAACUUGUUAGUAAGUCCAAGAAACCAGCUUGGCAUGAGAGGUCUCUCAUUACUGACUUGGAUGUUUUGUACCUGGAUGGACUACUUUGUAAGCUGUUAGAGGUUUCUAGGAUUGUACUUGAUUUUGUUUAUAAUGCUGCAGCUAUGGCAGUUAGAAUGCCAAUACAUAAUAGUUGGGCUGAUCCAACUUCUUUUGUAAACUGAUAACUUUGUAUCUUCCUUUUGUGGUAUCAAAAAA